AGGAGCGAGAGAAACACAAACACACACACCCACACACUCAGAGCGAGAGAAACACACACAGAGAGAGAGAGAGAGCGAGAGAGACACACACACACACGCACACACAAACACACGCACACGCAGAGACAGAGAGAGCGAGCAUCAUCAUCACAACACCGGCUGACAGCUUCCUCUGGCCGGACACCGAGCAGCAGGACGACCGGGGGUUUGGAGGUGACAUCCAGAGGAACCGGGCUGGAGGCCGAGCUGGAGCCGAGAGAGAGACGCGGUCGCACCGGCGGUUGUAGCAGCAGCGGCGGCGGGGGACGGAUCCGGGGAGAGUCGCUCGGUUUCCCGGUGCUUCACACACCCUGAGCCUCUGCAGCAGCAGCGGCGGGGAGCAGGAGGAGCAGGAGGAGCAGAGAGGAGCAAGAGGAGCAGGAGGACCAUGGAGGGGAUGCAGGCUUACGGAGCCGGGAAAGCCGGAGGAGCCUUCGACCCCGUCACCUUCUUCCAGCAGCCUCAGACCAUUCUCCGCAUAGUGUCUUGGCUCUUCUCCAUCGUGAUCUUCGGCUGUAUCACCAACGAGGGCUACAUCAACCGCCCCAAUGAGGUGGAGGAGUACUGCAUCUUCAACCGCAACCAGAACGCCUGCAACUACGGCGUCUUCAUGGGCUCCAUGGCCUUCCUGUGCUGCAUGGCCUUCCUGGCUCUGGACGUGUACUUCCCACAGAUCAGCAGCGUCAAGGACCGGAAGAGGGCCGUGCUGGCUGAUAUCGGGGUGUCGGCUUUCUGGUCCUUCAUGUGGUUUGUGGGCUUCUGCUUCCUGGCCAACCAGUGGCAGGUGACAAACCUUGAUGACAACCCGCUGAGGGAGGGAGGUGACGCUGCCCGGGCAGCCAUCACCUUCUGCUUCUUCUCCAUCUUCACCUGGGCGGUCCAGUCCUUCCUGGGCUUCCAGAGGUACAAGCUGGGCGCCGACUCUGCCCUGUUCUCCCAGGAAUACAUGGACCCCAGCCAGGAUGCAGCCGGAGCCCCCUACACCUCCUUCGGUGGAGACGACCUGGAGAGCCCGGGAGGCGGGGGAGGAGGAGGAGGAGGAGGGAACCAGGCCAACAGCGACAGUGCAUUCGAUGGCACUGGAGGCUACCAGCGUCAGGACUACUGAGAUGUUGGGAGAGGAUCUGGAUGACGUUGCCCAAAGUUUCUGAUUUAAAGCAGUUUGUAUUGUUUCUAUGCGUAAAUUUAGAACAGGCAGAAUACGUGGUUAACUUAUCCUGGUACCAGCGGGUUGGUUUGAUCCAUACACAAAUUUUACUCUGAAAAAGUCAUUCAAAUAUCUCAUAGGCAAAGGAAACACCAACAAAAAGUAAUAAACGGUGACAUGUAAUUUUAAAAAGGAAAGUAAUUAUAUUUUAUUAUGGGUUCAAAAGAAUAUUGAUACUGGGUCAGAACGAUGUAGAUUAGUUUUAGUUUUGACCCGGUGAUAUUAUUUAGCACUUGCAAAGAAUUAAUUCCACAAUCUGCAAAUAAAUACAACACAACAUGGCCUUAACUAACAGAAUGACAAAAAUCAUAAAAAAAACAUCAGAUAAUGAAGAUUUAAAUAUCACCAACGGAAAUUUAAGAUGGCUUAUUCAAUUUAAAAGGUGCAUUAACACCUGCACCCAGUUCUGGCCACAUUGGUGCUCUUUAGCCGGUGUGACUGGACAGUUUCAUACCAGUGUCAGAUCAGUUAUGAACUCAAACAUCAGUUUCUGUGUGACAAACAACAAAAUCUGUCUCCAGGUCAGAAAUCUUGGGCUACUUCUCAGAUUUCUGGGUAGAAACUGGCGGUGGGAUAAAAGAUGUGCAUGUGAAGUGGGGUUGUGUGACGGCAGAGAUGCUGGAGUUCGAUCGGAGGUCUUCCAGAGGGUUGAGGGAUUGAGAAAGAAACGGUCACACUGUAGCAGAUCAAUACUCGUGACCUCACUGCCUUCAUCUUCAGAGGUCCACAGGCAGUCAGCGAAAUGAUCAGUGUUAGUUGAUCCCCUCCCCCCCC